ACAGACUGCGGAACGAACCUUCGCUGUCGAGGAUUGGGUGGUGGCCGUUUGUCCGCCGGUGGCGUGACGAAUACGUGUUUAAUUUCUGUUCUGGACGUUUUGACCAGGUUAACUGGCAAAAACUAAGCCGCCAUCAUGCCGAAGUCGGUGAACAUCCGCGUGACGACGAUGGACGCCGAGCUGGAGUUCGCCAUCCAGCAGAGCACCACCGGCAAGCAGCUUUUCGACCAGGUGGUGAAGACCAUCGGCCUGCGCGAGAUCUGGUUCUUCGGCCUGCAGUACGUCGACAGCAAGGGCUACACCACCUGGCUCAAGCUCAACAAGAAGGUGACGAGCCAGGACAUCAAGAAGGAGACGCCGCUACAGUUCAAGUUCCGCGCCAAGUUCUACCCGGAGGACGUGGCUGAGGAAAUCAUCCAGGACAUCACGCUGAAACUCUUCUACCUGCAAGUGAAGAAUGCCAUCCUGUCCGAUGAGGUGUACUGUCCGCCGGAGACAUCGGUCCUGCUCGCGUCGUACGCCGUCCAGGCCAAAUACGGCGACUACAGCGACGAACAGCACGAGAAGGGCUUCCUCUCGAACGACCGCCUCCUGCCGCAGAGCGACGACCCUCCGGACCUGCCGUCGUGGGAGCGCGAGCGGCUGCUGUCGUGCAGGGUCAUGGACCAGCACAAGCUGACGCGCGAGGAGUGGGAGGACCGCAUUACCAACUGGUACAAGGAGCACCGCGGCAUGCUGCGCGAGGACGCCAUGAUGGAGUACCUGAAGCUGGGCCAGGAUCUCGAGAUGUACGGCGUCAACUACUUCGACAUCAAGAACAAGAAGGGCACUGACCUCUGGCUGGGCGUGGACGCGCUCGGCCUCAACAUCUACGAGAAGGAGGACAAGCUGACGCCCAAGAUCGGCUUCCCCUGGUCGGAAAUCCGCAACAUCAGCUUCAAUGACCGCAAGUUCACCAUUAAGCCGAUCGACAAGAAGUCGCCGGACUUCAUCUUCUUCGCGCCGCGGCUGCGGAUCAACAAGCGCAUCCUGGCGCUGUGCAUGGGCAACCACGAGCUGUACAUGCGCCGCCGGAAGCCGGAUACCAUUGAGGUGCAGCAGAUGAAGGCGCAGGCCAAGGAGGAGAAGCUGGCCCGCCAGACGGAGCGGCAGAAGCUGCAGCGCGAGAUCGCCGCCCGCGAGGAGGCCGAGCGCAAGCAGCGCCAGUAUGAGGACCGGCUCAAGAACAUGCAGGAGGAGAUGCAGCGGCGCCAGCAGGAGCUGCAGGACGCCCAGGAGACGAUCCGCCGGCUGGAGGAGCAGCUGCGCGCCCUGCAGGCCGCCAAGGAGCAGCUCGAGAGCAAACAGAACGAGCUGCAGGCCAUGAUGGUGCGCCUGGAGGAAGCCAAGGAGAUGGAGGCGGCCGAGAAGGCCAAGCUGGAGGAGGAGAUCCGCGCGAAGCAGGAGGAGGUCCAGGCCAUCAGCGCCGAGGUGCAGAGCAAGGACGAGGAGACGCGCCGACUGCAGCAGGAGGUCGAGGACGCGCGCGUCAAGCAGCAGGAGGCCGCCGCCGCGCUGCUGGCCGCUUCCACGCCGCAGCACCACCACGUGCACGACCACGACGAGGACGAGAACGACGAGCUGGUGGCCAACGGCGACAUCUCGCGCGAGCUGGCCGGCGAGGACGACGGCAGCUUCGAGGACCCGGUCAACGAGCGUCGCACGGCCACCGAGAAGAACGAGCGACUCCAGGAGCAGCUGCUGGCUCUGAAGGACCAACUGGCCGAGACCCGUGACGACAGCAAGGAGACCCAGAUGGACAAGCUGCACAAGGAGAACGUGAAGGAGGGCCGCGACAAGUACAAGACGCUGCGCGAGAUCCGCAAGGGCAACACCAAGCGGCGCGUCGACGCCUUCGAGAACAUGUAGACACGCGGGGACGUCCGGCCGGCCGGUGGCGGCGAUGCGGUGCGCUUCGCUCGCCGGCCGCGCUCGAGCGACGCCGUCGGACGCAGAGGAGGCCGCCUACUUAGCGGCCGCGCCGGUCGUCCGCGCGCCGCCCGGCCCCCCUCACGGCUCGGGUCGGCGUCAAACAGCGAGAGAGAGAGAGAGUGCGCGCACGAGAGACUGAGAGAGAGAGAGGGACGCGUGCGAGUGUGAGCGCCAACGGCAGCGCCUCCCUUCCGUCUUCUGGCCCUGUAGCGCCCGGCUUAGCGUACGUGCACGCCCUCAGAAAUUGCCGCUUCGCUCUGAACAGAGACUAAGAGGCCAACACCGGCCGCCCUUUUGUUUUGAGGUUUCUUUGCAAGCGAGCACGGCUCCGGCUUCGGCGAGGAUUUUUGAAGUCUGUAGCCGGCGUCUGUGUGUGAUGUGGUUACAUGUUACAGUGAUGUAUUUUCCAUUGGAGUUAUCUAAUCGUUAUAUAAAAAGUGCCUCCGGCCAGAGCGCCGGGCUUUGUAACGCGGGAAUAAAUGCUAUUUUGGAGAG